UCUGAAGAGCUUCUCUUUGUCAACAGCAUUGCUGUCGCGAUGAGCGCGACUGUCAAGAGUUGUUAUAUACGUAAACUGGAAGAAUCUUCAUCGAAUGUUUAUUUGCCGGACAAUACGCCAAUUUUUGUAGGACGCUCGCCGGAAACCGGUAUCGCGGACACAAAAUGUUCUCGGCGACAAGUUCGUUUAUGCGCAAACUAUGCAGAAGCCAUUGUCACAGUCCAACAAGUUGGCGAGCAUGCUUGUGGUUUCAACGGUUUUAAAACUCAGAAGAAUGUAAGGUUUGUAGCAAGACACAACGAUCGCUUAGAGCUGUUGUAUGGCAAGUAUGUCUAUGAAGUUGAAUUCAAUCCACCACAAAGUGUGAAGAAUUUUGCAUUGAGGAAAAGAUCUUACGAACUGGAAGCAGAUGAGACUGAACAUAGAACAAAAAUGUUAAAGCUAAAUAAUCACUCCAAUAAGGAAGUAAAAAAUGACAGAGAAGAAGGAGAAAAAUCAACUUUGGAUGAUGUUUGUUUCAACCAGAAAGCACUCACUGCUGAAUGUAGCACAUUCUCUGAAAGAAGCAAUAAUGAUUCAAGUGCAUCAGCAAAAUGGGACAGUAUUGAUCAUGGAAAAUUAUUAAUUUAUACACCAUCAUUUGUUCAACAUCGAUCAAAAAUAGCUGCAUAUGAUAUGGAUGGUACUUUAAUAAAAACCAAAUCUGGCUUGGUAUUUCCAAAGAAUUGUAACGAUUGGCAACUGCUAUAUCCUGAUGUACCUAGUAAAUUGAAGCAGUUGCAUACAAAUGGAUACAAAAUAGUAAUUUUCACAAAUCAAGCUGGGCUUAGCACUGGCAAAAUUAAGAUCAGUGAUUUUAAACUUAAGAUCGAAAAUAUCGUGCGAAAAAUCAGUGUCCCCAUUCAGGUUUUUAUUGCCGUAGGAAAAAGUAUUUAUAGAAAACCAACAAUUGGUAUGUGGGAAUCAUUGGAAAAAGAGUUGCAGAAUGAAAAUAUUACAAUCGACAAAGCUAAUUCAUUCUACGUCGGCGAUGCUGCUGGUCGGCCAAAGAAUUGGGCUCCGGGAAAGAAGAAAGAUCAUUCAAGUGCGGAUCGAUUAAUGGCAUUGAAUGUGGGUAUUAAAUUCGAGACACCAGAAGAACACUUUUUGAAACACAAAGCACCUCCUUACGAAUUGCCCAAAUUCAACUCGAAAAAUCUUUCGCAAAAUGACGAUGUGUGCAAACCUGCGAAUGCGAAAUUAAUGUUGCAACAGCAAGAGAUGAUACUUAUGGUCGGUAGUCCGGGCUCUGGAAAAUCGCAUUUUGCGAAGAAUUACUUGAAGGAAUAUGGACAUGUCAACAGAGAUACUUUAGGCAGCUGGCAAAAAUGCAUUGCUGCAGUCGAACAAUAUUUAAAUCAAGGAAAAAGCGUAGUUAUAGACAAUACUAAUCCUGAUCCUACCUCAAGACAAAGAUAUACAGAGAUAUCCAAGAAACGAAACAUUCCGAUUAGAUGUUUUAUUAUGACGACAAGUAUGGAGCAUGCAAAGCAUAAUAAUAAGUUUCGCGAGUUAACUGAUCCAAGCCAUGUUCCGGUCAGUGAGAUCAUUAUAAAUUCUUAUAUGAAAAAUUAUGUGCCACCAACUUUGGAAGAAGGAUUCAAGGAAAUAGUGGAAAUCAAUUUUAUUCCAAAUUUUCGUAAUGAGCAGGAUCGAAAGCUCUACGAAAUGUACUUACUCGAAAAUUGAACUAUGUGAUUUAAAUUCAUGCUUGAACAGAUAAUUAAUUGCAUCUAAUAUAAAUUUAAAUUCGCUUUUAUCGCGCACUUAUUUUUAAUAUAAUAAUUCCAGCAUUAAUUGUGAUUCAUUUACAAGCCAUGAUCCUUUAAAAUCAUUAAAAUAUCGGUAAAAUACCAAUGUA